UCAAGUACUACAUUCUCUUCUAGUUAGCUCUAUAACAAUCAGACCUUCUGAUUGAGCAAAUGGGGAUUCGGUUGCUAUCUUUGGUUCCACAUGCCAAACAAAUUUUAAAGAUGCAGUCAAGUUUCACCAAAAACCAGAUGGAUGUUCCAAAAAGCCAUGUGGCAGUUUAUGUGGGAGAGAUCCAAAGGAAACGGUUCGUGGUUCCGAUAUCUUACUUGAACCAUCCAUCGUUCCAGCAACUGCUCAGCCACGCAGAGGAAGAGUUUGGCUUCCAUCAUCCUCAAGGGGGCCUAACAAUUCCUUGCAAAGAAGAUGCCUUUAUUGAUCUCACUUCUAGAUUGCAAGUAUCUUGAAUGAUGAACCGCAAAGCGCGAGCUGCCAUUUUUGACAACCUUCUCUGGUUGUUUCUGACUCAUGUGGUUUUUUUAACUCUUACUAGAUUGUUGUAGAAUGGAAUGCCCUUCUUUCCUGUAAAUGAGUGGCAUAGAAAGGUGCAUUUACCAACAGAAAUGAAUCGAUAGAAUACAAAAAUUCAGUGUCAAUUUCUAUAUGGCCUUUUCUCCAUUGCUUUGUUUCUGAUGCUAACCUUCACCCCAAGGAACAAAGAAAAAUUGUUGCCAGAUUAUUCAUUAUACAACACUAAAGAAACUGAGAAGCAUAUUGAAGCAUAAAACUCCAUGCAUAUUCAAGGAAUCUAGACAAGGUGCCAUGUUGACAAGCGAGUUGAAGUGAGCUUUAGAUGGGAUAAGUUAUAGUGUUCGGUCAUGUAUACUCCGAAGCUUAAGUUAGUACUUAAUCGAACUGAGCUUAGUAGGUUUCUUAGAGACUGUGUACCUUUCAGAAGACUCUGCUUUUUUACAGGGGACCUUUGGAAAGUAUAACUCUGUCA